UUAAAAUGUCGUCACUGCAUUCAGAACUCUGUGCAACGCUGCUCUGCCUGUCGCUGCUGCUCGGCGCAGCUGCAGCAGGAGGCGAGCAACUGGGAGACAAGCAGCAGCAGCAGCAAAAGUACCAGCAGGAGCAGCUGGAGCUAAAGCUGAGCGCGCUGCGUGUACACAAGCAGCUGCUGCAGGCGGAGAUCGCCCGUCUGUACAUGGGCACAUAUACGCCGGAGAUGCCGAUGCUGGUGGAGGAGCUGCAGCAGCGUCAGCUGGACAUACAGCGGCAAAUCGACAAGCUGGAGGGCAAGGCACACCAGCCGGAUGCACAGCAGCUGGCGCUCAAUCUGGCAGCCGACUUUGAGUUUCUACAGCACAAACUGAACGAGCUCAAAGUCCAGCUGGAUGCCAUGCAGGCCAACAGCAACAGCAGCAGCAGCCGCACCACCACUACCACCACCACCACCACCACCAAACCCGAGCUCACUCGCGAGGUGGUGCACAGCAGCACGCCGCGAGCUCCAGUUGGCUCGUACUUCUUUACGCCGCUGCUGGCCAUGCCGGAGUCGGGGCCCAGCGGUGGCAUCGCCCAGCCGGAGCCGAACGCAACGCCCUCGCUCAUCAAGCGGGUGCUGGCCAUGCUGCGACCCAAUGCAGCCAGCUCGAGCUCCUCCAGCCCAGCCAGCUUGCUGCGCGGCAGCCAAUGGUCGGAGUCAGCGAACAAGGAGCAGCAGCAGCAGCAACAGCAGCAGCAACAGCAGCAACAGCAGCAGCAGCAGCAGCGACAGCAUCAGGUGCAGCUGCUCAGUGCGGAGGAGCUGCUCGCACAGCUUCAGCUGCAGCGGCAAUUCCUGGACGAUGCCAUCAAGCGUAUGGAGCUGCUGUCUGUCAAGCAGAGCAACAGGUUCUAAUUGGAAUCAUAU